UCUGCCUUUCUUAAUAAUCCUAAGAUUAUUUCCAAUCGAAACUUUAAAUUGAGUUACUUUCAAGUAACUUUUUUUAUAAUAAUGUCUAUUUUCUUAAACAACACUCCACAAUUACUGAGAAGUAAUUGUCGACAAAAGAAAAACAGCACAACUAAAAAUAAUACCUGUCGUUUUAAAUUUAGUUGAUAAACGUUAAAAUACUGGCCAGUACUUCGUACACGUGGGAUUUAUUUAUUAAAUUAUGCAUGUAACUUGUUUCUUUUGGCAAUUGACUCAAUAAUUCUUCAUGUUUCAAUAACAAACACUUCUUGUUUAUAUUUUGUAAACAACAAAUAUUAAAAAUGUACCAAAGACUGUUGUAUACAAAUCGGCGGUCAUCCGACAUAAUAUACAUUUUGCUUGCGCAUUUUAUUAAAGUCGAAGCUUUAUUGUUUUCGGCGUCCAUAAAUAAAAAGAAUCCCUUUGGAAAGUUAAUAGAAAACCCUUAAAAAUUCUUAUUCAGACAUUUUCUUUAUUUUCGAUUCUGCAUUACAUUGAAAGUUUGCCGAGGUUUCAAUACAUAUUGCUCUUUAUAUUUACGCCUGUUUUUAUGUGUAUGCCAGCAAUGAGAAUGUGAAAAAAUUAACACUUGGAAAUGUAUUUUAAAUAAGAUCGUCCGACCUUCGAAACGUCAACCUUCAGACAAUAAAAUUGAUAUCACAAAAGGCACUACGUAAAAAACGACGACGAGAAUUGAUUUCAUAGUUAUUAAACGUCGAUUGUGUAUGUCGUUGUAACAAAUUAUCUUAUAUUUACUUUUGAAAAUUCUCGACUUGAAACUUUAUAUUGUACACAAUGGAAACCUCCUUAUACAAAUAAUUUCCUUUGUUUCAAUAGUCACAAUUAUUACGGUGUUGAAAUAUAAAAUACAGAAAUGCAUUUUAAAGUUCUUAUUUUUUUUAUAGUUUCAAUAAAUAUUUGUGUAGCGGUUCUAGAUUGUGUUGACGGAGAAGUUUGGUUCGAGAGAUGUAAAUAUUGUAGAUGCUAUGGGGAAAAAGUGAAAUGUUACAAAACAGACUGUAUGUCGUAUUCUUGCACACCUGGAGUUAUUUGGUUUGCGGACGAUUAUCGCUGUCAUUGCAACAGGAAAAACGAACUUAUUUGCGUUAAUAGAUUCCAAAAAGAACUUGAAGGUAAACCAUGCGAUGAUGAUGUUGUAGCAUUCGACUCUUUUGUUAUAUGUGAAUGUAGAGAGGGAAAAACUGCUUGUGAUUCACUCACGGGUGUAGCGUCCACAAUUGCAGGAUACUGUGAGGAAGGAGAGGACAUAAUGGAGAACUGUUACAAAUGCACGUGUACCCGAUCGUUGUUCCGAAGAUGUGUUUUCGUUGAAGACUGUUUAAAUCCUAAAGCUAAAAAACCAGGUAAAUGUUUGCAUGUGGAAUCGUUGUACAACUUGGCUGAAAGUAUUUUUUGUCUGGAACUCCGAAAACAGGAAUGCAUUAGUGAUUAUGGUUGCCCUGGUGACAAAAUCUGCUGCCUUGUAACAGACUGUUAUUACAGGUGCAUGGAUCCAAUUCCAUUCAUUUAAAUGUUUGUAUGUUAAUAAUUUGUAAUGCAUUUUUUUUAAAUAAAACAUGUUGA